CCUCGCUGCUCAUCCUGAGAGUGUUAGCAUCAUCACCAUUCGGGCGUACUCAUAUUCAGUCCUAUCCCUAAUAUCCGGGCGUCCAGCAAAUCAUGCACAGGUUUCCCAUUCCGCCGCCCACUUGGGCCGCAUACAAACAGCACCAAGAAUACUAUGAUCGUUUAUACCAAGGGCUCAAUGGUCCCUGGUAUAACCCCAACACUGCUGUCCCCGGCUUCGUUGAGUUGCCAGGACAUUCUGUGCCCCGACCCGCGACUGUCAAUCAAGCAUCGUCCUUUCAGCUGAAGCCCAAGGCUCGAGGCCGCCGCGUGACAAUUGCCACUGCCAGUGAUGAAGAGAAUGGCGUUGUCACAGACACCGAAGGCAACAUCACGGACAGCUCCAACCCUGUCUCCAAGAGCAAGAUGACUACCAAGGCAAAGGGAAAAGACAAGGCGGUCCAGACGGAGUCAGAGAACGAAUCGUCUGCUGGUGAGACGUCAGUCCUUUCAUUCGUCGCCUGCCUCAAGGACCCCAAGUGGUCUCUUUCAGAAGACUGCCGCCUUCGCAGCAUGAAGGAGGCCGGCGAGACCUGGGCUUUCAUUUCGGGAUCUCUCUGCAAGACAAAGGACGAUGUCCGAGCUCGCUGGAAGAUACUCCAGAGCCAGUUGCUUGCCAAAGAUACUAUCAAGGGCACUGACACUGACAAUGCCGCUGAGGAGGUGUCUGUCGAUGAUACAACCGACGAGGACGACGGAAACGACGGAGACGAUGAAGAGUCUGCUGAAGGCGACGAAGACUCCGAUGCAGACGACGAGGACUCUGAUGACGAUGAAGAGUCUGAUGAGGAUGACGAGGAUGACGAGAAUCCCGAUGAUGACGAGGACUCAGAUGAUAAUGAAGAGUCCAACGAAUCUGACGAGGCCGACGAAGACUCUGAUGAUGACACCAACAAGAUCCCCAAGUCCACUGGCCACUGCAAGUGGCACCAGGGUGAGAUGAAGCAUCUGCAGGAACACGUCUACGGGGCCAUGUACCCUCCUCAUAUCUACCCGCAGCCCAAUGCCCACUUGGUCAAACGAGACUGCGCCCUCCUUGCUACCAUUGACAGCCAGUAUAAGCGAUCUCGCUGGCUCGAAAUGCAGGCCAAUUUCUACAAUGUCACAGGACAAAUGGUCCCUCUUGUAUCAUUCAAGGCCAGAUUCGAGCGCGCUGAGGCCGAGAAGACGGAGCGCUCCAAGACCCGCGAACUUGAGAAACGGCUGAACAAGGUCGAGGACUGGAUUGCGAAGCAGGAACAUGAGAAGUCGGCCGACUCCGACGGCACCGAAGAUUCCGACGACUCGGAUGAGUGAUUCACUCCACUCAGGUCACCCAACAUCAUGUCACGAUAGGUGCGUUGCGUGAGUCUUUCUGACGGAAUUCAUCACAGAGUGACUCUCGACUGUUGCGAGUCUCUACACAUAGAGACGAAUAUGCCUGGCCAAGACGAUCGAGGUCUUGUUUCGUUAUUGCUGUGUUUUUCUUGGCGUUCGGGGAGUAAAAGGAUUAAUUCGAUAGAUAGCAUCGCAUGGCUCAAGUUGCAUUUUGCUAACUUAGACGGGGACAAAUCUGAGACUCGGUCAAUCAUAGAAGCACUGCGAAUUAGAGGAGAACAGAAAAAUAAACAAGCCCGG